AUGGCCGUGACAAUACCUAAUUUCCUUAACUUUUUUCGAAUAGUCAGUGGAACUAAUAUUGUAAAAUACGUUUAUUUGUUGAUGAGCAUAGCUUCUUUGCUAUGUGGUCGUUCACAAGGAGAUUCUAGAGGUAAGUAAGUAGACAAAAUAAUUUAAAAAACAGAACAGGUUGAAACCAUUUUAACUCAGAAUUUAUGAUGAAGCUGUUUGAUUUUUCUUCCAGAAUUUAAAUAUAUUACUUGUGGGAGUGUUUUAAAGCUAGUCAAUCCAAAGCACAAUGUUAGACUCCAUUCCCAUGAAGUUAAGUAUGGCUCUGGAAGCGGACAACAGGUAGGAUUGAGCGUACGUUCUGCGUCAGCUGGAGCGAAUGUGAUGAUCUCCCUUCUUGAAAAUAUCCUCAGCAUGUUUUGCUGUGAUGUUCCUCUGUUAAUUUUAUGGCAGAAUGUUUGGAAAGACAGCAGAUAGUGUACACUCAAAAUAAAAUGUGUCCAAGCUGCUGUAACAUCCCUGUCGUUGUGAUCGAUAAUUUCUAGUUUUUUUCCAAGUUCGCUUUCAAUGCCCAAAACAAAGUACAAUUGAUGAGCUUACUGUUGGUAUUCAUCGAAAAAAUUGGACCGACAGAUAAGGGAUAGUUUCCCCCAGACAUACCUAGAUUUAUGUCACGAUUUUUAUUUAAGUGUAUUAUAUAGAAAGAGACUCUGGAUAGCGGGAGAGGACGCCUUGCGUUACUUCUUGUCUUCAGGCGUUAAUUUUAAUGAGAUGCACUGUGCGUGGACGCUUCUGAUUUGUGUUUGGUUUUCCGGUUUCCAACCUGUUGAAAUACCCAUGUUAAGCGGAAGACUGGUUUUUUUAAAAAAUUACUCACCGAACCAAGGGUUAGCAUCGAAUUUUGACGUAGUUUUGUAGCUUUGAAGUAGAGACUACUAUUCGUUGUGACCAAAAGCCCUGCUGUCCUGCACGGUCUUAAAGGGAAAAAAUAACAAAUUUCCUUUCACAAGUUCGUCUAAAGUUCUUGAAAGUAUCAGUGUUUGGUUGGAAAUUACAUUCUAUUUUAAAAAUUAUGUAGCCUUUCUACACCCUAAUCACUUAUCCUUUUUUCCGCAUGGGGUUCAAAAUCACCUUCAAUGGAACCCUAAUUUUCCACUCCUAGUGGGCUGGCUCUAUUAGAUCUCUCAUUAAUGGGGUUUUUUAAAUGCUGCUGCAGUAUCACUUCCCUUAAUUUUUUUCCUCACGUAGGUAUGACAAGACAGACGAUUGUAGACAGCAUCUCUAUAGUAUACAUUUGACUAAGAAUUUCUGCUGAUUAAACAAAAUAUUGCUACUUUUAGUCUGUUACAGGAGUGGACAGUGCAGAUGAUGGAAACAGCUACUGGGUUGUGAGAGGGAAAAUGGAUUCUCCUUGCAAAAGAGGGUAAGUACCAAAGUAACCUACUCUAAGCAUUCAGUCAUUAUAGUUAACAGUGGUGUAAUGGCAUAAUUAGAGAUCAUGAUGCAAAGCAGGGAGAAAAGGAUGGUAGAUGGGAAAGAGCAGCAGAAAGAGAAACAUUCUCUUAAACUUAUCAACAAUUACAGAUUUCACUAGACUUAAUCUGGUGAUAUACCCUUGGACUGGUUAAUUAUUGUGACAUGUCAACAGAAAUACUUGUACAGUCAAAGUAAUGAAAGUCUUAAAUCUGUACUUUUAAGAGGAAAUGAAAGAUAUUCAUUUUUAUUUUUCCAGGACUCCUGUUAAGUGUGGCAGCACAAUAAGAUUACAACACCUGGCCACUAAACGCAAUCUUCACAGUCAUCACUUUCAGUCACCAAUUUCUCAUAACCAGGAAGUGAGUGCAUUUGGUGAAAAUGGAGAUGGGGAUGAUUUGGACAACUGGUCUGUUAUUUGUCCUUCAAAGUUUUGGGAACGACAGGAUAAAAUUAGGUUCAAGCAUUCAGCUACUAAAGUGUAAGUGCAGAACCUCUGAUGUUCACAGUAAGCAAGAUGAAGCUCCCUGGGAAAAGGGAUAGUUUUCAAGUACCUUUUCCCAUGUUAGCUUUAUGAGCAUAUUUUCUGUUGUCAAAUAUUGGUUAAACCAAGGGCAAAAAACCUGGUUUUCCUCAAUCUUUGAAGGUUGGAAAAACCACCAACCCUUGUCACUUCUGUCAAGAUAUUGUGUGUUUUUGUUUUUUUUUUCAUCUGAACAUUCACAAGUCUUUUUUUCCCUUCUUGGUCAUGACCUUGCAUUGAUAUUCAACUGAGAACUUUUUCCCUUCAGAAAACCACAUCACUCCCUCCCAGAUGAUGUCUGCCUCAAAAGGAUUAUUAGGAAGCUCACACCCCGUGUAGAUUAUAACAGUGUGAAAAUUAAGUCACUUUUGUGGAAAUACCUUCUCUUCAAGAACUGGCAUAUUUGAAAAUGUUCAAUUUUUAAAAUUUUUUUUUGGGAAGGGGGAUGUAAGUUUACAUACCUAGUUAGUAACCUUAAUUUUACUGAAAACAAUUUGCAACUUGGAGUAACCUCAAGGGUUAUAACUUUUAAGCUUUUGGGCGAAGACUGAUUCAAGCGUGUUCCUUUACUUUUCUUCUUAGACAGUUAGUUAUUUGUUUGUUUUUGUUUUCUCUCUUUAGUUAUCUGCAUGUAACUGGAGACCAGUUUGGCCGGCCCAUCAGUGGUCAAAAGGAAAUUAGUGGUUAUAGUUAUCCUGAAACAGGAAAUGAAUGGAAGGCAACGGUCAGUACUGGUGUCUUACUUCAUUCUGUUAUUUGCCUAACUUUAUGUUCAGGAAAUUAUCAUUUCGAGGAAACAACAAACAUGGUAAACUUGUGGUGUUAUUCAUUUCUUUUUCUGCAAAACUAUCUAAUCUUAUUAUGUCCACGGCUAGUAAACAUUUUAGGUUUCUUUAAUCUACCCUGUCAUUAAUUUUUGGGGUUUAGUUUUAUGUUGCUUGUUAAGUGAUUGUAAUCUUGUCCAGUGGCUUGGUGUAAUGACCUGUUCUUUUUUCUUUUAGGAGGGCAUUUAUGUCAAACCCACCAAUUGAUUGUAGACCUGAUAGAACCCAGAUUUUGCACUAAGUUGUACAUUUGAACAGUUCUGGGACAGUAUAACAGUGCUAUUUUCUAAAAUUCUGGCAUGGACCACAAGGAUUUUGAUAAAGAAUUGUUAGAAAAGCUUUGUGCGAGGAAUUACAUGGAAUUGUUUAUUAAAGAGCUGCUACAAAAAGAUUUGUAUCUAUGAGCUUUCUUGUCCCUGCUGGAUUUCAGACUCAGAUGCCAGAAACCCAGAUGAGGUAGUCAGUAACAUGCCCUUCCCUGCAUUUACAUAUACAUGUGGAAUGGACAAAAAAAUCAAGAAAAAUAAUGCAUUGAUGUAUUUGGCAAAAUUAUCGCGAUUUGUACAUACUUAUUUGUAUCAGAAUCACGAGUCAGAAUUUCUCUUUACUUUGUAUGGC